AUGUACAGCCACAACCCAACCCUCGCACCUUUACCGACUGUGCUCCAGCACGGACUCAGGGCCGUCACCGCCCUCGCCUUCCUCUCGCUUGUAUCAUCGUUUGCUCUGUUCGUCUAUCUCAGUGGGAGGUUGGUUGCCUGGUACGUCAGGUCGAAUCCGAAGAAUCCGCAGAGAGCAGCCGAGAACGGGACCAGGGGUGCUCUUCCCUGCGAGGUUGGCGCACAGUACUUCGGAAAGGCGGACCAGGGAAGGAAAGCACCGAACCAGGCCCUCGUUCUUGUCAUCAACGUUCUCUUUGCGGACGUGCUGCAAGCCUGCGCGUUUUUCCUGAACAUCGUUUGGGUCAUAGAGGACCGGAUCACGGAUGAGUCGCCGGCAUGCUGGGCCCAAGGGUGGUUCAUCUCUACGGGUGAUCUGUCAUCCCUCACGUUCCUGACGGCCAUCGCUGUUCAUACCUACAUCACUCUCAUUUUGGGGCGCAAAGUCCCGACAAAAGUUUUCUAUGCUGUUAUUUCCUUUUUAUGGUUUGCCGUUUUGUUCUUGUCGGUUUUGGGCGUUAUCAUAACGAACAAUGGGAAGGGGGUGGGUGGCUUCUACGUCCGUGAUACUGCUUGGUGUUGGAUCAGUUCUGCAUACGAGCCCAUGCGUUUCUACCUUCAUUAUCUUUGGAUGGUCAUCUUGCAAGUUGUGGGAACUGUUUCCUGGGUUCUUGUUUUCGUGCACUUUUACCGAAGGGCAAAGGCACUCAAGCUGUCGAAAAAGUCCGGCGAAGAAAGCAGCUCCAACAACAGCGUCCUCAGUCCUACGGGCGUUGCCCCGCGAACGUCUGAGGGCGUCAAGUCGGAGGUCCACAAGCGAAUUCUCUUCUUACUAUACCCCCUGAUUUUUCUCAUUUGUACGACGCCGUUGGCAGUUGGCCGCAUGAUGGGAACCCGCGGUGUAAAACUCUCCCCGGAAUAUCUUUGCUUCGCUGGAGCCAUGAUUACCUCCAACGGUUGGCUCGACGUCAUUCUCUUUUCGACAACCCGACGAGCCAUCCUCUUCCAUACAUCUCCCGACGACCAAAACCUGGGAAUCGAAACAUUCAACCUGACACCUCUCGGUCAGCAGUUUGGACACAGAGUGUGGAUCACUUCGGGAUCUAAAAAGAAGCAGAACGAAAGGAAGAAUGGUGUAUUCCGCAAACCAUCGCGGUGUCCAAGACGGGGGUCUGCGGGGAGUCAUGACCGGAGUGAGAGUAUGACGUCCCUACAUAACCGUGAUCUUGCGGGACUCAAAGGCAUUCAGAUGGAAACUGUCACUCGCGUCUUUGUGGAAGUCGAGUCUCCAUCUGAGGACAACGGCUACCCUUCUCGUAGUCUGGCUUCGAUGCCAUCUGCCGAGAGUGUUGGUCCAAGGGUGCCUCAAAGCAUCGACAUCGCCUAUACCUCAUCCAUUGCAACGGCAGCUAUCGAUGUUCAGCGACUAGAUGCCUCGCCAAGCUUCAAGCUCACCAGAAUGACCUGGAUCAAGCCCAGCUGGACUUGGAUGCUAUAUCGUGCUGGAUACUCUUACAAAGACCCUGGCCAAGAGCGCAUUCUGGCUUUGAAGAUUCCACGCGAAUAUUUCAUCGGACUCCUUCGCAAAGGAACGUUAUCACACGCUGCAGUUGCGCAGGACGGCGAGAAGGUUCGCAUCCAAUGGGAUCCAGAACGCUCGGUGCGACUGGAUAAGCUGCCAUAUCGAAGCAUUCAAAUCGGAAUUCCUGUGGGAAUUUGCAAGACUUGGGUCAAAGAAGGAAUCGUGGGGAUUGAAGAUGUCACUGGUCGUGCGAGGGAAUUGAAGAGAGUCUUGGACGAAGACCCGGCAAUUUCGAAUAGAGAGCUGGCCGAAUUGGGAUUAAUGCCAUCAGAAGAGGAGUUUAUUGUACCUGGCGAUGUGCAAGAAAUAUUGGAGAUGACCCCGGGCCCCCCAUGUACAUAA